UAUGCAUUCCUCUGAAGUCGACUGAAACCUGACAGGCGUUCAGACCAUGCAAACAAUCCGUCAUAUGACUGGUACCCAUACGAAAACACUGCAAGGCGGGGGAAAUAAUAAUCAUUGUCCGUGGUGGUGCUGCUGUUUCGAGGGAGAGGGAACCGCAUCUCUUCCGAUGUCUUCAGGCUGCCCAGAUCGUUUGUUUAUCUGCGGCUCCCGGUUUAUUCGUGUCAUCACCGGCCCUUCUCGGUACAUAGAAUGAAAGAAUGGCCAAGCGGCGAGAUGCGGACAAGGAGAGCGGAGAACUGAUCGGCCCUGCUGCGGGGGUCCAGCGAGAUGCGACGCCGUAUCCCGGGAUGGCAAAAAUGGACGGAAUGGAGGAAAGAGGGGGAGGUGAACUGUCUUUAGAGGAGAUUUUAAUGCUCUACAGCCAACCGAUAAACGAAGAGCAGGCUUGGGCAGUGUGUUACCAAUGCUGCAUAAACCUGGCUCAGGCACGUAGGAGGAAUUCUGGCCCAGCUGCCGGUGCAUCAGUGGUGGAUACUGCGAAGAGGAUUGAGGGACCACAGGAUGUGAGGAUUCAGAAAGACGGAGCUGUCAAAUUACAAUAUGAAGGCUGUGAUGGUAAAUCCAUCCCAGCCACAUCAACAGAGGUGAUUGAGUCUCUGGGCAUCAUGAUCUACAAGGCGUUGGACUACGGACUGAAGGAGAGCGAGGAGCGGGAGCUGAGCCCACCCCUGGAGCAGCUCAUAGACCUCAUGACCAACAUGGGCGAGGCCGAGAGAGACGCCUGCCCUGACGAAGGUUACGAGGCCACCGAGGAAGAGGAGGAGGCCGAAGACGAUCCCAUCAACAUCUGUAAUGUCCGUGGCUACAGGGACAUCCUGAAGAUGUGUGUGUCUCACCUCCCCAGCCCUGGCGACGCCCCCUGCCACUACCAGGCUGUGUGCCGUGCUCUCUACGCUGAGACCAGGGAGCUACGCUCCUUCCUGGAGAAGAUCAAGAGUGCCAAAGAGAAUCUUCGGAAGAUGGGUGGCGAGCCGUCUGGGGAUCCCAGCAGAGACCUAAAUGAGCUCCAGAAUGCAGACUGGGCUAAGUUCUGGAUGCAGGUGAUGGGAGACCUGCGGAACGGGGUGAAGCUGAAGAAGGUCCAGGAGCGCCAGUACAACCCUCUGGCCAUCGAGUUCCAGCUCACGCCCUACGAGAUGCUCAUGGAUGACAUCCGCUCCAAACGCUACAAACUACGCAAGGUCAUGGUAAACAACGACAUCCCACCAAGGUUGAAGAAGAGCGCCCAUGAGGUCAUCCUAGACUUCAUCCGGUCCAGACCUCCUCUCAACCCUGCAGCAGCCAGGAAGCUGAAGCCCCAGCCCCAGGUUCCUCCCACCCUGCACGAGAUGAUCCUGGAUGAGAUUAAAUCUGAGAGGAAACUGAGACCUGUCUCUCCUGAUGUGAUCCGCAGGAGCAGGCUGGUAAUUCGGCCUCUUAGCAUGUCUCAAAGUUUUGACUUGUCAGGUGGAGGCAUAUACUACAGCACUCCACAGUUGAUCCUUACACGUCAAGAUGUGUCCAGCCCUGAUGGCCGCAGGAAGACUUCCAGCACCAUGACCCUCAGCAGUCUGUCCAAUGGGGGGCCAGGGACACCAGGGGGUGGAGCCCAGGCACUAUGUCAGAGGAAGAGGCUGAAAGCGCCUACCCUGUCAGAACUGGACAGCUCCGACUCUGACGAUGACAUUACCAUUGGGGGUCGAAGGUCAGCCAGUAGCUCCAGUGUCUCUACAUCGGUGGUAGAUGACACAUCUCCAGAGUCUGUACUGGGCAGGAAGACUCCACCCAUGUUCCUGCCUAUCUCCUCCACCCCCCAGCCUGAGAGACGGCAUGCCCCCCAGAGGAGACACUCCAUUGAGAAGGAAACGCCCACCAAUGUACGGCAGUUCAUACCCCCAUCCAGACAGAGCUCCAAGUCUCUGGUUGGGAGGAUAGCCCACCAUUUGUUCCCCUGGACCCCCCUCCUCCUCCACUCCCCUCCUUCCACCCUCCACCCCUUACGGAGCUCCUACCCUGUCGAGGUGUUUGUCUUGAACAUGGUGUGGUCUGCCCUGUCUGCUCUGUACAGGGGAAGAAAGCCUGUCAAGGAGGAGUUCUGUUUCCCGGUAGAGUGCUUGUCCCUGACGGUGGAAGAGGUAAUGCACAUCAGACAGGUGCUGGUCAAAGCAGACCUGGAGAAGUUCCAACAAUACAAGGAUGUGUACAACGCUAUGAAGAAGGGAAAGCUUUGCUUCUGUUGCCGAUCCAAAAGGUUUUCCUUGUUCACCUGGUCCUACACCUGCCAGUUCUGCAAAAGGCCUGUGUGUUCACAGUGCUGUCAAAAAAUGAGGCUGCCCUCCAAGCCCUAUGCCAACCUGCCCAUAUAUUCCCUGGGAUCUACCACCACUCUAUCGAGGGACCGGGUAGCAGCCCUGGGGAAAGCUGCCAGUAUAGCUGGUCCAUCAGCCACCCCAACAGCAGCAGCAAUUUCAGCAGGAAAAGGAAAAGCAACAGUUAAAGCAGCAGCCUCAGCAGCAGCAGCAGGACCAAGCAGAGCAGCAGCAGCCUCAGCAGCAGCAGCAGGACCAAGCAGAGCAGCAGCAGCCUCAGCAGCAGCAGCAGGACCAAGCAGAGCAGCAGCAGCCUCAGCAGCAGCAGCAGGACCAAGCAGAGCAGCAGCAGCCUCAGCAGCAGCAGCAGGACCAAGCAGAAAAGCAGCAGCCCCCAAGCCUGAGAAACCCUCUACCAGCCACCACCGCCUCAGCCUUCAGAAGACCAUGUCCAAGUUGUCUAAGCACGGUAGUCUGGAGAAGUCCCAGUCCCGUGACGAGGUGGAGCUCCCAGCGGAGCUGACGGAGGACUGGAGCACCAUGGAAGUGUGCGUGGACUGCAAGAAGUUCAUCCACGACAUCAUCUCCUCCAGCAAGCACAGCCUCUCCCUGGCCACCAAGCGGGCGCGCUUAAAACGCAAGACCCAGUCCUUCUACAUGUCGUCCCCCAAGGGAGCUGAUUACCGACCCUCGGAAAGAACAAUCAACGAGAUCUAGACUCUCCCCUCGUCCUUGUCUACCUUUUCCACUGUCUUCUAGCUACUUCCAGAACUUAUGGCACAAUACAGAACUCUGACUGACUGGGUUUUGAUCUGGAUGACCGUGCUGCGAUCCGGCCUAUACCAGUAGACGUGUCUAGUUUAGUCUGUCUGUCGAUGCUGUCAGAGCAGGCUGUGGACCUUUACUUUUCCUUAGAGGAAUGUGGACUGUGUAGUCAGUGCUUGUUGCUAUGUUCUCUGAUUGUCGCAUACAGUACCAGUACUUUCAGACAAAAGGAUACUAGUCCAUUUUUAUACAAUAUUUUGUUCAGUAAUGUAAAUGUUCCCAUAAUGUUCUGCCAUAGAGAGGUGGUUAAGGACACUGAAUGAUCAAAUGUAAAGUAUGAGGUAGUGUAAAGAUUCAAAGUGGUAUGGCCUCAGUCACCCCCUAUACUGGCACAAUUGGUGGAAUGUGGUUGGAGCUACUCGCCCACAGAAAAAUCAAUUAGCACAAGGCAAAAUGACGCUCCAUAUUUGAAUUCCUCAGGCUGUAGAAUUCUACUAUAAGAGAGUAGGUGUGAUGCUGACAACACAAGUCCCAUACUGAGAGCUGUGAACAACUUGAAGUGGAGACAAUAUGAGACAAAAGCAACAAACGAUUGGAUGAUGACUUAAAAAUAUAUGGAACUGUAGAUGUUUUUUUUUUACAAGUUAUAAUUUUCUAUGGUAUGGUAUACAUGUGUACAUAUGGUUCGGCUUAGAGUCAGGUGGUUUGUGAUGAAAAGUUGCCUCCCCCUUUUUACUCUUCUUGACAUGUUCAGGUUGUUUUUAGCUGACGGUACAAUAAUGAGUUAUGGUCAUUGAUGUUCUCUGGGUUCUGAGUGGUCUUGAUGAAGCAUCAUUUUUACCAUAAAGAAUAACAGGUAAACAAACAGCGUGUCACUUUGCUCAAAGUUGGAUCAUACCCAUGAAGGUAGCCCAAACCUCUCACCUGUCUCUCCGUAGGCGUAGAGUCUACAGGAAUGUCAGGUGUCAGCUUUAGUGCCAAAAGGAUUCCCUUCUGUCUAAACCAUAAUAUAAAACCCAAAUAAGUAUUUUUUUCUGAUGUAAAUAUUCAUUGACCUUGCUAUAGAUAGCCAUCGCAGCCCCCGAUUAGAGCAUGCUUCUCCAAAAGACGUCAGACUACUGAAUAUACUAACCAUAGAAAUAGAAUGGUUAGUAUGUUGCCAACUACCAUUGUUGCAUAUUAUUAUGGGGUAUUAGAAUCCCAUUGUUUUAACCUUUGUCAUCUUCAACUUAGACCCAUGCCAGGAAGUAAAAGCAGGAUGUGUACCCUUCAUUCUGUGCUGUGAUGUUUUGUUGAGUCAACUCAACUGACAUUUCAAAAAAUAUGUUGCAUUGCAUGAGCCACAUCAGUUAACAUCAUUUGAAUGAACAGUCUUCAUUACCAUGGUAAUCCAGCAUCAGUUGAUAAAACAUUCCAAAUAACCAUGGAAAUUAUUGCAUUGCAAUACUAUGGAGCCAUUGUGAAAGUACAUAUGAGUUUACUCGUCAAAUUUCCAGGGUUAGAGCUUCCAACCCUGUUCUAUUCAUUCUAUUUCUAUUAACGGUUAUGACAUGAUGAAGGAACAAUAUUAACACAGUAUCUGUCACUGGUAGUUGAACACACGUGAUAUCAUUGAGCAGGUACAGUAAUUGUGCUAGAUAAUCAUAACAAAAGCAGACACAAACAGUAGGAAUCACUUUUUGUCAAUAUUUUAUAUAGCCUGUGCCCCCAACAAUCAUCUAGUCUGUUACAGUAACAAGUAUGCGCCCCCAGAAAUAUAUUCAUAUUUUGGGAAAGAAAUCUAUACCUGUUAUGUUGAUUUUAGUUAUUGAUGUAAGUUUGACAUGGCUUUUUCUUUGGUUUUGAAUGGAAUAUUUCAUAUUGUGCAGAUAAACACCCAUAUUCAAUAACAGUACAUGAAAUGAUCUCAAAUUGUCUUUCUUUGCUUUACAAUAGUUAUGGUAUGAUUUAACAUUCUUAAAACCACCCUCUGUUUUAUUGUAUAGGCAGCAAAGUAUGGUAUUACACGCUACUCUCAUGUUCAACUCAAAGCCUCAAAAUAAUGCAUUCAUGAAUUUGUAUAUCAGUUGUGUGUGACUGUGGUGUGUCUUAACCAUACAGUUUGUCUCUAAACCAGAAGCAGAAGCAUAUUUCAGGAGCCAGGAAUCAGGAUGUAUGUAUAUUAAAAUGUCUAUUACAAAUCAA